CAGUCAUCAGCGACACUCGUCGCGCUGCCGAUCGUUAAUACGCCUUUCAGUCGGGAUCUUCAGCCCAAAGGGUGCAGGAUCGCAGUCAGGAGCAGUAUUCCCCUUCGAAUCGAAGAACUGAGAUCGAUUGGUGCAUAGAUAUCAAGGAAACCCACUCAUUUCAACUCUAGCACCAUUCGAAAUCAGUGCUUUUGAUAAGAAACAAUCAGCAGAGUGUGUCGAUUAAAGUGAUAUUUUACGGUGCCCUUAGCGAACUAAAAUAAGAACGUUCAACAAAUUAAUAUAAAGCAAAGAGUAGAUAUAAAUUAACAAGUAAUGAGUGCCAAGUUGCAACCGCGUUGCUGAUGGAAGCCAAUAAAGUGCAGGCGUGUCUCUGACCGGGUCUUCAGUCGACGAUCAGAACAAGUAAACAAUUGCUUUGUCAUCAAUGGAAAUAGAUUUCUUAUCGCAGCCGAGACGAAAAGUGUCGCAAGACUUCAUAGUUGACAUUAAGUUUUUAUUGAUUGUGAAAAAGGCAUCUAAAAGUAUAUACUAUCAGUGGAAACAUUUUUGGUUUCUCUCGUCGAACACUAUAAUUUCCAGUUUUUAUAAAUAGGUCGGAUUACUGAAUGCUUUGCAAAAAAAAGAGAAAGAUUUAUCGUUGUUCAUUAAAAAGUAAUAUUAGUUUGCUUACUCCAUACAUCAUUGCGUAUUGGGGUGAUUUUAAAUUAAUAGUAGGUAUUCUUAUCUGAAUAGAUACUUAUAAGUAAUUUACAACUGUUUUUAACGUAACAAGUCAAAAUAUAUCUCCAACCUUGAAUUGGAAAAUUGACUAUCGAUUCGUUCUUAUUGAUUAGCGUUUUCCAUUUAACAGCUAUUUUAUUACGGUGUCACUUAACUAAGAUAAAACGUAAUCUUAGUUUUUUAUUAAAGCAGUAUAACGAUUACUCUUAAACCUCCAUUUUUUUGAGGAAAGCUUCAAUUAACAAUUUAUGUUGCUUAGCGCGCUUAUCUCUUUAGGCCAAAAAUAUUCACAUUCUCGUAUGAAAGUAUGUGCCGAAAAACCAUUUUAGAAAACUUCAAAAUACGAGAUAAAUUAAGAAAGCAACCAAUUUAUUGGAUAUGUUAACAAUUAUUUACAGGUCUGUGCCUUACAGAAAAAAAAUCAACAAUAUUGGAGCAAAAACAAUACGUUUAAACACACUCAACACCUUAGUUACGUGAGAUUCUUUGGUCAAUGACUUCAAAAUGUUUACUUAAAUCAGUUGAAAACUUAUGCCUGCCAGUGUAUGCUAUAUAGUCAUCACCAAAUUUAAUUGAAAAACCACUGAUCUCUGUUUAUGACACGAACCAAAUCUUAUCUUUUUUGGGUGUAGUAAAUAAAUGUCAUCGGAUGGCAAAAAUUUGGUAUUUGUCGCUAUAAAAGGCCCACCUGGAAAUUUCAAAAUGCUAGUUGAACCUAUUAAAGUCGAAGUGACGGUGUACUUGUUUCAAAAUGCGAGGACUUUUAAGUUCCUUGGUCCUGCAGGCCUUGCUGCUGGUCGUGAUGGUUCAUCUAAGCACCCAAACACGGCUUUUAAGCGACACUGACGACAUCUGUAAACUUUUUAAGGAUGGAACCAAACUCCGAAAACCUGGAGCGUGCAACGAGUGGAUUGAGUGCCAAAACUCUGAGGUUUCGGAUAGCGGAAGCUGCUCGGGCGAUACGCCGUAUUUCAGUCUAUCCGAAAACAAAUGCUACAAAAGUUUAGGCGACUCCUACUGUUCGUCACCUUCUUGCAAGGGAUUGUCGGGUUAUAUCGGAGAUACCUUAAACUGCUCCAAUUGGUACUACUGUGAUUCAGGUGUGUUAAAACAGAAUGGAAUCUGCCCCCACAAAAUGUACUUCGAUCAAGUCAACGGGCAGUGCGUCUAUCCAGAGAAUACAGUUUGUGCCGCCUCAUACGAAUUGUGCAAUAUUGUGCCCAAAGGUGUUCGCUUCCGCGACGAGAACAAUUGCAACAUGUACCACACCUGCGAAAGCUACAAAAUAAAGAGUUACACCUGCGAAACUGGCACAUAUUUCAAUGUGGCCACGGGUGAAUGUGGCCCAAAGAAGGAUAUUGUCUGCGAUAACCAUCCUCUUCCAGAGGACGUUUGUGGCACCAAGAAACUUGCCAUGCGUAACAAGUUCGUCGCGGAUCAGGCCACCUGCCGCGGUUACUACUAUUGCCGUGAUCUUGGCUCUGGAGUCCCGGAUCCGGAUCCCAUUUAUCUGCAUUGCGACGAGAACACCUUCUUCAACCAGGACCGGCAGGGGUGCAUGCCUCGCGAGAGCCAGAAGUGUAUCUACGAUCGGUGCGAUGGCCGCCAGGAUGGCUACGUAGUGGCCGAGGAUGAGGGCUGCCACAACUACAUCGAAUGCGUCGACGGCAGGGAGACUACUCCUAUGAGCUGCGGAAGUGAAUACUUCAAUGCUGCCACCCAGAGUUGCACCGCAACUCAGAUAACUUAUGGAGCUUGUUCCGCUUAGUGGCCCAGACAAUUCAAGCUUUUCAAAAAAAUGUAAAAAGUUGCAAUUUAAAAUCAGGGUUUCAAUUCGGCGUUCGGUAAAUUUUAAGUUUUUUAAUUUCCAUAUUUUGUAUCCUUAUUACGAAAAAUCCGUUUACCAAAAAAAAAUUUAAUAUAA